CCUGCAAGUGGGAUGAAUAGCCAGUGCUACUCAAAUGGCAUGUCUAAAUAUAUUUUAAAAUCUUUCCUAUUGGUGAACCACACUCAUGGAAAACAGAAGUAGCUAGACUAUUUCCAGAUUGCAGCCCAUUUGUCUGUAAGCAAGUGCUUCAAGAGAUUGUACUGCUGCAGAAAAUGCUGACUUCUGUGGUUCUAAUUACAUUAGACAUCUUGGUUGUAUUGUGUGAAGGAUCUAUUUUGACGGUGGUAGGACUAGUUGGGGAUAUGGUUACUUUACCCUGUAAAUAUAAUGUCAGUACUUAUGGCAUAUCAAAUGUUUGUUGGGGAAGAGAUCAGUCCUGGUUCAACUGUGAACAUAUACUCAUCGCCACUGAUGGACUGACGGUAAACUACAGAGUGUCAUACAGAUACAGUUUACCCAGUAAACUCCAGCAUGGGGAUGUUUCACUCACUAUCAAGGCAGCACAAAAAGCAGACACUGGAUUUUACGUAUGCCGUAUCGAGAUUCCAGGACUAUUCAAUGACCUCAGCUACAGUGUUUACCUAAUCAUUACAAACGGACUAGACACAUUCAACUUCACAAAAUUAUUCCCAACUUCUGCAGAGAAGCAAACAAAAGAAGUCACUGUCAACUCGGGAUACAGUUCAGCUGUACAGAAGACACAUUCUGAGAAUAGAGUGGAAACCUUUAUCCUGACUGUACUGAGAGGGGGAGCCAUUAUAUUCAUCCCUGGUUUAAUCCUGGCACUUAUAUGGAAACUGCGACGCUCCAGAAAACAUGAAGACAGCAGUGAAAUGGAAAAUACCCCAGACGCAACCACAGCAGCAGCAUCUCCUCUCCCCACAUGCCUGUAGCACAUGUGGCUGCUCAUUAGAUAUGAUAUGUUUCUGUGAAAUAUUAUACCAUUACACCAAAAAUGGAAUCUUUAAUUUUUGCUUUUUUUCUCUGAGUGAACAUCUAAUUCUCGAUCUAAAACUCCCUUUUUCUUCUUUCAGUCUAAUGUGAGAGACUUUAAACAUGUGACCAGUUUAAACAACAAUCCUGAUCCAAACUGAAACUUAAUCUGUUUCCAGUUAAACCAUCAUUUCAGUUUUGUUUUGCUCUGACGUUGUGUAGAUCUUCCUCUUUUUAUCUAGUUUUGGUUUUUUUUUUGUUUUGGGGUUGUUGUAUUUUUUUUUUGUUUUGGUGGUGGUGGUAUAUGUUUCUGUUGGAUGGAUGUUGUGCUACAGUCUUGCACUAGGUUUCAGCAAACAGCUUUAUCUUAUCAAUGCCUUAAUGGUCUUUCACUUCACUCCCGUGUGCUCUUAAGAUUGUACCCUCAAGGUUCAUGUAUUCAAUUCCAAACUGCUUCCACUGUAUGUGCUAGAACAAAAAUGAAAAUAUAAAGAAAAAAA